GUUAGUUUUGUUAGGAGCCUGUUGCUAAAUAGCAACUGAAAAGGACAAGAAGGAAAGGAUAACCUUUGACUUAAUGAGAACAUGAUAAAGAUACGCAUGUGUAGUUAUGUUUACCUGCUUUUACUUGUAGUAUUUAGUCCAGUGGAUCUGAAUGACAGCAAUCAAGCAACAGAUAAAGACACUUUGUGCAGUUCAUGUACCUGGAGACAGAACAACAAACCUUCAAGAUUAGAGGCUAUAAAAAAUCAUAUUCUAAGCAAACUUCGACUGCAGCAGGCACCUAAUAUUAGUAAGGAUACUAUAAAACAUCUUUUGCCUAAAGCUCCACCAUUGCAAGAUAUAAUAGAUCGAUACGAUGUCCAAGGAGAUGAAAGCAAAGAAGGGUCUCUGGAGGACGACGAUUAUCACGUCACAACUGAAUCUGUCAUGAUAAUGCCGACUGCACCUGAUUUUCCAAUUGAAGUGUCAGAAAAACCAAAAUGUUGUUUUUUCAAAUUUAGCUCUAAAAUUCAGUAUAGUAAGAUAUCCAAAGCACAACUCUGGAUACAUCUAAAGCCAGUCCAGAAACCUACAACAGUUGUUGUACAGAUCUUGAGACUCAUUAAGCCUUUGAAAGAUGGCACAAGACAUACUGGAAUCCGAGCACUAAAACUUGACAUGAAUCCAGGCUCUGGAACUUGGCAGAGCAUUGAUGUGAAAACUGUGCUGCAAAACUGGCUGAGGCAACCUGAAUCAAAUUUAGGCAUUGAAAUCAAAGCGUUUGAUGGAACAGGACAAGAUCUUGCGGUCACAAAUAAUGAAGAUGGUCUGAGUCCAUUUCUGGAAAUCAAACUUAUGGACACAGUAAAACGAAUGAGAAGAGAUUCUGGACUUGACUGUGAUGAGCAUUCAAAUGAAACUAUGUGCUGUCGUUAUCCCUUAACAAUAGACUUUGAUGCUUUUGAAUGGGAUUGGGUUAUUGCACCAAGAACAUAUAAAGCCAACUACUGUUUAGGAGAAUGUGGAAUUGAGUUUUUACAAAAAUACCCCCAUUUCCACGUUGUUCAUCAAGCAAAUCCUAAAAACCCAACAGGGCCAUGCUGCUCUCCAACUAAAAUGUCCCCUCUUGUUAUGCUGUAUUUCAAUGACAAUGCAGAAGUAAUCUUAGGAAAAAUUCCUGGCAUGGUGGUGGAUCGUUGUGGGUGCAUAUAAGCAUUCCUUUAGUUCGUAAUAUCUAAUUGACACAUAUCAAAUAGUUAAAUUAUUAUGUAUCUAAAUUAAUAUACACACCUUUACUAUAAAUUUACCAAAGUACUAUGAUGCUUUAUUUGAGCCACACAUAAGAGGUCAUGGUAUAAAAGGCAACUGAGUUUUAACUGUUGACACACAAAUUUGAUUGAACAAUUCCAAUAAAAUUCCUAUAAAAAACUGAACAAA